CCGCGGCCGGCCAUGCUCAUCACGCUCUGUUAUCUGUACUUGUGGGCGCGAUGGGGGCGCCGGCCGGCCGCGCUUGUCCGCACCACGGUGCGGAGGCUGCGCGCCUCGCACUGCUCCUUCACCUUCUGCGGCGCGGCCGCCCAGCCGAGCGGUGCUCGCGUGUGUCUGAGCCGCGGCGGCCGCGUCUUCUGCGUUGGCGAGUCCCAGUCCAUCGACGACUUGAACAAAUGGGCCCUGUUUCUUGUUUCUCCUUUUAUACUUGAAGCAGAACACAUAGCAUUUGUGACAGAGAGCAUUUGGGUACAAGGUGAGAAUUUACAGAGACCAUCUUCCUCUUCAGAGACGGUUGUGAAGUGGUCUGACUGUUGCCUGCCAUUGGCGUGCAGACCUGGGGACCCAUAUCGGUUAAUCGCUGAAGCAAGCGUGGACGACUUCAGCAAGCUGGGGAUAGCGUUCAUGGAAGAUAGACUUCAGAUGGGCAAUGGACUGGUACCCCAAAAGAUUGUUUCGGUGCACUUGCAUGAAUCCACUCUGAAGGAACUUAAGGACCGGGCCUCAGAUAAGCAAGCUGAGAUCACGCAGCCAAACCCUGAAUCCUCUGUGGAGAUUAAGCCUGAGCGAGAUGCUAUGGCACACAUUGGCAAAGAUGACCCCAAGGUCCUUGGUGAAGAGGCCAAACAGGCGCGAGACAGUGCCUCUGGGAGAGAGCCUUCUGGGGAGAGUGACAGAGGAGCAGGCUCCGUUGAGCAUUAUCACCUCCAUCUGUCUAGCUGCCAUGAGUGUUUGGAACUUGAGAAUAGCACCAUUGAGUCAGUCAAGUUUGCAUCCGCAGAGAACAUUCCAGAUCUUCCCUAUGACUAUAGUAGCAGUUUGGAGGAGAGUGUUGCUGAUGAGAUCUGCCCCAAGAGAGAAGGGAAGAGAGUCAACACCAUGGGCAAAGCACCCAACAUCCUAGUUUAUGUGGGCCCAGAUUCCAAGGAAGCCCUUGGCAGGUGCCAGCAGGUCCAGGCUGUUCUGGCUGACUGUGUGGACACAGACUGUUAUACUGUCUAUCACCUACGGGAGGAAAGUGCUCUCAGAGACCCAUGGCCAGACAACUGCGUGUUGCUGGUCAUCGCCACCAAGGAGUCCAUUUCCGAAGUCUUGUACCGAAAGGUCAUGGCCUAUCUUUCUCAGGGAGGGAAGGUGCUGGGCCUGUCUUCAUCCUUCACAUUUGGUGGCUUCCAGGUGACAAGCAAGGGGACACCGCAGAAGACAGUCCAAAACUUGCUUUUCUCCGGGGCUGACCAGAGUGAAGUGAAGCUUAGUGUUCUGAGCAGUGGCUUCAUCUAUGAGGAGGGCCCUGGAGAGCAGCUCAUCCCGGGCAAGCUCCAGGGCCACCUGGACAAUGAGGACAAGGACAGGAUGAUCAUACAAGUGCCUUUUGGAACACAUGGAGGAGAAGCUGUUCUUUGCCAGGUGCACUUAGAACUACCUCCCAGCUCGCUGGAAGUACAAACUCAAGAAGAUCUUAAUCUGCUCAAGUCAAGCAACUGUAGAAGAUAUGAAGUCCUUAUAGAGAUCCUGACAGCCCUUGGCCUAAGUUGUGAAAUGAGACAAGUUCCUGCCUUAACCCCUCUCCACUUACUGUCAGCUGCUGAGGGAACCCGGGACCCUUUUAUGCAGUGGCUGGGGAAGCACGUGGAUCCCGGAGGAGUAAUAAAAUCCAGCAAGGUCUCUCUUAAAUUUGUUUCAUCCUCCACAUCUGACAUAGAAAUAACCCCGUCUUGUAUCCCUGUGUUUACUGAGUCGGAGGGCUUCUCAUCAGAAAAUUUUAACUUAGAGAUCUAUCGGCAAAAUCUGCAGACAGAACGACUUGGAAAAAUAAUUCUUUUUGCUGAAGUGACACCCACCACGAUGAACCUUCUGGAUGGGUUGAUGUUUAAGAUGCCACAGGAAAUGGGUUUAAUAGCCAUCGCAGUCCGGCAAACACAAGGCCAAGGCCGGGGCAGGAACGCUUGGCUGAGCCCCACAGGAUGUGCCCUCUCUACUCUGCUUGUCUCCAUCCCGCUGAAAUCCCAGCUGGGGCAGCGAAUUCCUUUUGUGCAGCAUCUGAUGUCCCUGGCCGUCGUGGAGGCCGUCAGGUCCCUUCCUGGGUACCAGGAUGUCAACUUACGAGUGAAGUGGCCCAAUGAUAUUUAUUACAGUGACCUCAUGAAGCUUGGUGGAGUUCUGGUUAACUCAACGCUUAUGGAAGAAACAUUUUAUAUACUUAUUGGCUGUGGAGUGAAUGUGACUAAUAGUAUCCCCACCAUAUGCAUCAAUGACCUCAUCACAGAAUACAAUAGGCAAUACAUGACAGACCUGAAGCCCCUAAGAACCGAUUUUCUCAUCGCUAGAGCUGUGACCCAGCUGGAGAAACUCAUCAACACGUUUCAGGACAAAGGACCCAAUGGCGUGCUUCCCCUUUAUUAUAAAUAUUGGGUACACAGUGGUCAACGAGUCCGCCUGGGAAGCGCGGAGGGACCAAUGGUGUCCAUAGUUGGCCUAGAUGAUUCUGGGUUCCUUCAAGUCCAUCAGGAAGGCAGCGAGGUUGUGACUGUGCAUCCGGAUGGCAACUCUUUCGACAUGCUGAAAAACCUCAUCCUCCCCAAACAGCAGUAGUGGAAGUGUAGCGUGGUGGGGCAGCCUGCCCCUGGCCCUCAGUCCUCACCCCCUGCCUGGAGCUGUCGGGGGUAGGGGGUGGUGCAGCCGAGACCACUGCAAGCAUUCCAGUUUGAUUUUGGCGGCCCCUCCCAGCCCAUGGAUCUUAUACGCUAGUUUAGGGCUAUAGGUGAUUUUUUUUUUCCCCACCCUCAAAUUUGUCAGUUUUUGAAAUUUUUUUCCUGUUUCUUUUUUAAAAAAAAAAAAAGAUUUAUUUUGUUGCCUUUUAAUUUGGCUUUUGGUGACGUUCUAGAGUGAAGGAUUGACAAGUGGAAGAUUUAGGUUAGGUAAGCCCCCUACCAUAGGUGUGAAAUCACCCUCCUCCCCAGCCCUUGGGCUUGGGUUUAUGCUACCUGUGAUACCUAGUGCUGUGGAGUGGAUUCCGGCUCAUGACGACCCCACUGUAUUACAGAGUACAACUGCUCCAUAGGGUUUUUUUGACUGUAAUCUUUAUGGAAGCAGAUCCCUAGGCCCUUCUUCCACAGUGCCAUUGGGUAGGUUCGAACCCCCAGCCUUUGGGUUCAUAGGCAACAGCAGCCCAUUUGCACCACCCAGGGACCUGUUUAUUGCCCACCUACCGGCAAAAAAAUAAGUUCUUACUUGGAAACAGUAUUGAGGUCAUUCAAAUGUUUGCCCAGUACCGGAGACUUGGACCCUUGGACUGUUAUUAGCAAAUCAGAAACCACUCUUCAGGCCAGGUCGUGGUGAGUUGGUGAGGUAGAGCUAUGGGAACACUUUUUAAGAAUCUAAGAGGCAUUUUCCUACAAGAACAUAUGUUGACACUCAACUGGGGUGUUUGUUUUUUAUUAGUGAAGAAGAGAGAAGGUGGACCUCUCAGUUACUCUCUGCCUGGUGGCUGGUUAAUCCGGUCACAGUGUCAUCUAAAUGGCUGCCAAGUAGCAUCUAGCUGGUAAGGAUGCAGUGACGUUGUAGAAGAAACCGGUUAAUUAGUCCGACAUCAUUUCACAAGCUCUGCUUUCUUAAGUUUAGAUUUACUGCCAGGCCUGAAGAGAUGGGAUCAAGUUCAAGAUCCUUAAAGCCGCUGUUAGGCACUGCUUGAAUGUGAGGGGUAGGUGAUUUGGCUCCAACAGCUGGAGAUGAAGGCGCGCUCUCAUACCACACACAAGGGAGGAUUUAGAGUUUUUAAGUCAUUUUUCAGAUUGGCUUUGAAAUGUGCUGUGUUCUGCACAACCACGUGCAGGGAAGCAGCACAGAAUGCCCAAGCACGGGCAUUUUUUCCCUCUAUUUCCAAGGAAGACAAUUAUAUUGAUGUUUAAUACCAUCAGUGAAGAGUGCGUGUGUAUGUGUGUUUGUGUGUGUCUUUAAAAGAUGUUAAAAAUCGGAUGUGCUGACAGUCUCCGUGGAAGAACAAAAGAAAGGAAGCUUUUGAUAUGUAUUUGCUCUUUCCAGAUGUCCCCCACGCUUUUUCCAUGAAACUUCUAUCUCUGUUGAACUUAUGAAUCAUGCACAUUACUUUUCAGCCUUAAAAGGCCAAUUUUUGCCCCCUUUUCUCUCUUCCUGCCAGUCCCAGCUGAAAUGAGUGGAAAGAAAUCUUGAUGGAGUUCUCCACUUUGAAAAAAGUCCCCUCAUUGCAAACCAGCCCCCUCCUUACCCAAGUCCUACCCAGCCAGGUUAACUCCAGAAAUGUGCCGUUUCCACUGUAAAAUCCUUCUAUCUCUAGCCAGGCACAGGCAGCCCCAUAGGAAGAAAAAAAUUAACAUGUUGAGUUAAGUACACCAAGCCAAUAUGUGUUUUUUGGAAAUGUAGCUUGAAAAGAAUUAGAAUUUUUGCAAAGAAAAAGGCUUCAAUUGGAAUUAUUUUUCUCCAAAAACAAACAAACAAAAAGAAUCACUCCUAAAUGCCCACGUCUUCUGUUCGAGUCAGUGGCAAGUUUAAAUAAAAAUCCACACCAUGCCAAAAUUACAAAAUGGACUCACCCUUGAGAGGGAGUCUGCAAAAUAUCAUCAAGGAGAAAAAUCUCCAGGCUAAUGUUGCAAGUUUCAUUUCUCAAACUUUGUAAUUUAAGGCACGUCAUCUCUCGGAGCCGCCAUCAUUACUUUUUGAGUUUCUUUGGGGGGGGUUACUUAAUGAAAAACACACUAUGUUUUAUUUUAAGCUGGAGUCCUCUUCUGGAAAUUUCUGCUUUGGAAAAAAUGUUAUCAUUUAAUUUCCUUUAUGUAAAUUAAAACUAAUGAAGUGUGGACAUGUCAAAACAGAUGGGGAUGUUCUGGGCCUGCCCCUCGGUCUCUGUGCUUUUUAGCAGGCAGUUCUGGCUUACACAAGACACUCAGUUGUCUUGAGGGAGACAAAAUAGACUUGAAGCAGAUGCUGCUCUUCUCAGAAACCUGAUUUUGCCUCGGAUGAACCAAAGGCUGUUUUAAAAUUCUGCUUCAUAUAAAAAGGAAAAGGAAGAAAAACCAAACCCGUUGCCGUCAAUUUGAUUCCGACUCAUAGCAAUCUUAUAGGACAGAGGAGAACUACCCUAUGGGGUUUCCAAGGAGUAGCUGAUGGAUUCGAACAGCUGACCUAUUGGUUAGCAGUCAAGCUGUUAACCACUGCACCCCCAGGGCUCCAGGGUAUUUUGCUUAUAGUGUUAGGGACACCUUAGACUUACCUGCUAACCUACACCCAUCAUAAGGCUUUUGGGAUGUUUGUGCACCCAGCCAUCUCAAGAAGCUUUAAAGUCUUAAAGGAAACUUUGCAUUUUCCCCACAAUCUUUAGAACACGGCAGAUAAGCUCAGGAUUGGCGUUUGCCUCCAGAACAUCGAGUCACCCCUGAUGUAGAUGUGCACUGAGCAUCUGCAGAGCUAUGUCAAAGGCUGGACUUCCUCCCUCCUGGGACUGGUAGCAGAUUCUUGAGGAUUCUUGGGGAGUGCCCCUAAAAUAGGACCUGGCGCCAGCUGAGUUUCCCGCGGUCCAGCAGGAACACCACUCUUUGGCACUGGGACUCCUGGCAGCAUUCACAGGGAGCUGUCAACGUGGGAAGGGUUUGUGUGUGGUGUAAGGUAGCCCAUGGGUUUCACUGGGGCACAAUGACGCUGCCUGACAUUGCGUAAGGGGCCCUACUAAGGGGUGGAUGAGGGUGGGUACAUAAGCCCAGGGUGAUGGGGAGAAGCCCGUUGCUGCCCUAAAGAGCAGCUCCAGCCCUCAUCCCCCCCCAUACACAAACACACACACACACACACACACACAGGCCAGCAUGGCUGCUACCCCUACCCUGGAGUCUGGGAACUGGAAGAGAAGCUGGCCUCACCCAACAGUUUCAGAAUGGAAAAGGGAAACAAUUUAGCUUUACAUUCUGUAAUCUGUUAGCUCUCAACAGGCAGAAAACGGAGAAUCCUUAUUCCUGGAUAAUUGCUAUGCAUAUUUGAAAUAAAAGAACGUGUAAGCCUUUGCAUUUUUCACCUUUCAAAGAAUCCUCUCUGAAAAGUCAUGGCUUUCAACCGAUGCCUAUAAAAAGCAAAUCUACCAAAAUAAACUUUAAGACUUUCUGUA